UGAAGGAAACUCAGCCAGUUUGCAAAGACUAUUGAACGCGAUAAAGUCGUUUCAUCAUUUGCGUCCAUUUGAGUCCACGUGAAUUUUAUCCAAUAUUACUACUAAUAUUUGGUUAGUUAGUAAAUAAUUCUUAAUUUUGAAAUUCGUUAUCAUAUCAUUUGUACAUAUAUUCUGAAUCAUAAAAUAAGUGUUUUCGUUGAUAGUAUAUCUGUGAUAGAUCGAAUUCCCUAGAUUAACAAUACGUAUAAAAAGUGUGUUCGUGAAAGCUACUAAAGAUAAGUGAAAUAGCAAAUAUGAAGAUUCUGAGAACUGCUAUGCUGUUCACCUUUGUUCUGGGAUGCUAUACCUUGAGUGUCACUGCUUCUGCGAUUCCCAUGUGGGAAUUCCUCUCCAGGGGUGAGAAAGCGAAUUACUUGUUAAGAGUAUUCAGCAUGCAAGUAGCCAAGUAUUGUGCGGAUUCAUCCAUGCCGGAUUGCAACAAAAAUUUAUUGGUUGCCGGGAUGCGGAACUUAGCUAACAUGGACAAUAACAUUCUCGAUCAAUUGGAUCCAUAUCAACGUGAUGCGAAAGGACUUAUUUGGCGGGCCAUGAUAAAAAACGCAUAUUUUCCAAGACUUGCUCCUAAGCCAGAUGAAUUCUAUUUUUCCAUCGGAACAGAUUCAUUAGCUGUCGGUGAUAGCGAUGUAAACGGCAUAGGAGAAGAAACAAUGGCGACACACGAUUAUAUACAACCAUCCUCUGAACACACUGGUCCAUAUCUAGUUGGACCAAUGGUGAUUCGAGUGUAUCCGGAUGGUCGACCGGUUCCGGAAGAUACAACGCGUCCUCUACCUCGAGAUGAAGAUAUGGAAGAAUUCAGGCGCUCCAGAGUACCUUCAGUCGAGGAAAUUAAAACUGAUAGUGAAUUCUAUGAGAAACAAUUGAAAGGAAACUCAUUCGCGGAAGCCAGUAGUCAUCGACGGUCUCAAGAGGAAUCUACUCGAUUCCGAAGUAGUCAUUCACCAUUUAAGAGACGAUUACUUCAAGAAGUAACUGCAAAGCGUAAGAUACGGCACCAUUGAACAGGAAGAGUUCGGACUGGCGAUAAAGAGUCGAGGAGUCCCGUCAUGUAGGCGGCUGUAAAAUUUGUUGAAUGUUGUUAAAAGUAAUGACAGAAUAAGAAAUUAUGUUUGUUCUUCUGAAAGUUAAUACUAUUGGAAGGUAUAGGAAGAGGUAAUGAAUAAAUUGCAGAUUUUUAUGCAUUUAUAGGAAAUUGCACAGAAUGCACACAAAAUAUGAAAAAAUAUAUAAAAUAUUCAAAGUAUAGUGCUCUCUAUAAUAUUAGAUUGUCCGAAAAGUGUC